AUGUACAUCCACUACCUGCUGAUUCAGAUCAACAUGAGGAACCAGAAGUAUGAAGAGAAAGAUCCAGAGAAACUCCUGCAAUCCAACAGAGAAGUGAUUGUGAAACUUGCUGAAGUGGCUUUCAAACAGCUGAUGAAGGGCAAUGUGAUGUUCUAUGAGGAGGACCUGGUUGAGAGCGGCAUAGACCUCACUGAUGCCUCAGUAUAUUCUGGGAUUUGCACUGAGAUCUUUAAGGAGGAAUCUGUGAUUCAUCAGAGGAAAGUCUACAGCUUCAUCCAUCUGAGCAUUCAGGAGUUUCUUGCUGCUUUCUAUGUGUUUUACAACCAUGUAUACAGCACUACAGAAGCAUGUUUUGAUUCACUGGAAAAUCUCCAUGAAAGAGUGGCUGGUAAGGCUGUAAUGAACAAAAAUGGACAGCUGGAUCUGUUCUUGCGGUUCCUGCUGGGCGUCUCACUGGAGUCCAAUCAGAGACUCUUACAGGAUCUACUCACACCUAGUGAGAACAGCUCAGAGAGCAUCAGGAAAACCACACAGUUCAUUAAAGAGAAGAUCAAAGAUGGACAUGGACUCUCCACUGAAAGAUCCAUCAAUCUGUUCCUCUGUCUGCUGGAAGUGAAAGAUCAGACUCUGUCCAGAGAGAUUCAGGAGUUUGUG